AUGUCAUCAAACACUGCUCCCGUUUCAUUUUGUGGCUGGUGUGGUGGUGCAUUACAACAAAUGAAGUCGAUUGUAGAAAACCGUGAAAUUCGUAAUGCGGAUGGGAAGUCUUGCUACGAUCUUUUGACCAAUACGGAAAAAGGCACAAUCGAUUCAAUUGAUUUUAUUUUUGAUAAAUGGAACAGUUCUUUUUGUUCCCAUUGCUUGGAAGCAUCUGCUUUAUAUCAUAAUGUUAGUAUAUCAGACAGGUCAAUCUACAACAUCAGACGAUCGAACAAUUCUUUGGGCACAUUUUAUAAUUUGGAGGCCUAUAGUGACAAAGUCAUUACUUUCUUUGAUAAACUGGAUGAUACUUUGAAUUGUUUCAAUAAGUUUUUCAGUAUUCCUAACAUAUCUCUUCUCAAUGUAUUAAACUUUCCUUCAUCUAGAAGUUUGAAUAUAAGCCAUAUGGUUUGUAAUAACUGUUCUACCGUGUACUACGCAUUGUUAGAUUUUUACAAUAACCAACUUUUAAGAUAUAACACACUGGAUGGAGAACAUGGACAACUCAAGGUGCUAGCCCAAAAUGGUUACCGUUUUGCUGUGUGUUUGGAUGUACAAGAUGCUAUAAACCGUACUCAAUGGGCGUGGUACAAUUUGUUUCAAUGCCGAACUGAGGAGAUUAAUCCGAUUGGCUUUCUGUUACCAUUAUUAAUAUGUAUCGUUUUCCUGAUAACUUUCCAUGCUCUUGCUCAGUCAGUAUGUCGUCAUCCAGUUCAUCUAAUGGUAUAUAGACCGAAACGUGUUGAGCCUACAAUUAGAACACAGCGGAGACUUCUUAGUACGUCUUCAGUUACACAGGACCACACAUCAUUGAUCAGAUCAUAUGGUAGCAUAGGAUCUGUGGGGGAGACUAAUUUAAUGAACAAAAACACAGUCAUGAGAAGUUUCUCAUCGUCUUAA